UCACUUCUGAAUGUGAAACUACAGCUCACUCAGUCAGGCACAUCUGAUAAUGCACAACUAGAAGCCGGCAGACACAUGAAUCUAAACAGAGGAAUUGUGUUAUAAUCAUGGAAAAAAGAUUUAAAGGAACGGUGUGCCUAUAUUUAUUUCUACUUGUCUGGGAGCAAACUAUUUGGUUUGGAUGUUGCGCAUUAGCUGGAAGUUUUGCUGAAGACGACAUCUUCACCAUCGAGCACAACGGCACCGGGCAGUGCAUGUUGCCGCAGGGCUUGGGGUUGGCUCUAGGGGCGUGCGACGCAAAGGCCAAGUGGAAGUGGGGGUCGUCACAUCAGCUGUUCCACCUGAACUCGACCCGCUGCCUGGGCGUGGAGGUGCGCUCCAAGACGCUGGGCCUGUACCCCUGCAACUCCACGGGAGACAACUUGCUGGGAUGGUUCUGCCGCGGGGGAGCCGUGUACACCCAAUACCAGAUAUCGCUGGGGACGGCCGGGAGCAGUGUCCGGGCCCAGCGAGAGUCGGAAGAUGUCUGGAUGAGGGGCGGGUCUAAGGACAACAUCUGCCAGCGUCCGUACCGCGUCAUCCACACCAGCGAGGGGAACUCUGCCGGUGCACCAUGCGUGUUCCCCUUCCUGUAUGCCGGGGGCUGGACACACGGCUGCCUGUCCGACCAGGACCACGACCAGCCCUGGUGCUCCACCUCCUCCAACUACGACCUGGACCGCAAGUGGGGAGUCUGUCUCACUCCUGAGGAAGGCUGUGGCCAUCAGUUCCAGGGCAUGGGGCCGUGCUACCAGUUUGGGUUCAGUGCGGCGGUGAGCUGGCAGGAAGCGCUGGACUCCUGUCGCAGCCAGGGGGCCGACCUGCUCAGCAUGACCAGCCCUGACAGAGCCUCCUUCCCCCUCCCGGACGGGGGCCACAGCCAGAUGCCUGAGAGGGUGUGGGUGGGCCUGCACCAGCUUGACUCCUCCCAGGGGUGGCAGUGGUCUGACGGCUCGCCUCUGUCCUACCUGCGCUGGAACACAGGGAUGCCACCCUCCUCCUCUCUGAUGGAGCAGGACUGUGGGGUGAUGAACUCUCAGCACAGCUUUGAAGCGGAGGCAUGUGGACAACGUCUACCCUACAUCUGCAAGAAGACCCUCCCCCACCCUCCCCCUGCAGCCCCUGCGGAGGUGUCCUGUGAGUGUGAGGACGGCUGGGUGUCCUGGGGAAGCAGCUGCUUCCAGCUGGGCAGGGAGGCGUCCAGCUUCAGCCAGGCCCAGGCGCUCUGUGUGGGCCUGGGGGGGAACCUCAGCAGCCUGCACAGCCUGGACAGCCUGGACAUGAUACACACACACUUCCACACAGGCGGGGGUGUGGACGUGUGGACAGGUCUGAAGGCCAGCGAGGACCCAGCGGUGUUCAGGUGGACUGACAGCUCCCCUGUCCUCUUCACACACUGGGGCCCCAGGCAGCCCAGGCAGCCCUCCUCCAACACCAGCUGUGUCUGCUACUCAGGAGAGUCUCAUGGUUGGAGGGUGGAAGACUGUGACCGCAAGCUGCCCUUCCUCUGCCAGCGGCACGGGCAGGAGCCCUGCACCCCCGCCUCAGGAUGCCUCCCUGGCUGGCGGAGACAUGGAAGCUCCUGCUACAAAGUGGACCUCAAACAGGUCGCCUUCGAGGAGCGCUGUAACCUCAGCAUCAGGAACAGGUAUGAGCAGGCGUUCGUCAGCAGGUUGCUGGGGGAGCAGGACAGGCAGCAGAGCCUUUUCUUCUGGACCAGCCUGCAGGACGUCAACAACACCGGGGAGUUCCUGUGGAUCAGCCCCUCCCAGCCCGCUCAGCCUCUCAGCUACGCCAACUGGGGCUGGAACCAGCCUGACACCACGGUGGGGGGCUGUGUGGUGAUGUCCUCAGCCCAGCUGGGCAGGUGGGAGGUGAGGAACUGUGGUGCGUUCAGGGCCGGCUCCAUCUGCAGGACACACGUGGGCUCCCCAGCCCCCCCGGCCCCCACGGCCCCCUCGCCCUCGCUGCCCUGCCCAAAAGGCUGGAUCUCCAGAGAAGGAAUAUCCUACUGCUACAAGGUGUUCCACGAGGAGAGGCUGGGGAGGAAGAGGUCGUGGGAGGAGGCUGAGAGGUUUUGUGAGGGUCUGGGGGCUCACCUCCCUAGCCUCAUUCAGCCCCUGGAGAUGUCUGCUCUGCACUCAGUCAUGAGGGACACCAUCAGUAACGACCGUUUCUUCUGGGUGGGGCUGAACCGGAGGGACCCUGCUGACCCUGCCUGGACGUGGAGCGACGGCCGGCCGGUCUCCAUGGACGUGUUACACGAGGACUUCCACCAUGAUGACGAGUACGACCGCAACUGUGCUGCUUUCAAGACGACGAGAGGAACGUUCCGGAGCCUGUUCCUCUUCCUGCUUCGAGACCCCCCUCCCAAGCCCUUCUUUGCCUCCCCCUUCCACUGUGACGCCAAGAUGGAGUGGGUCUGUCAGAUACCCAGGGGAAGGACUGCCCUGACCCCAGAGUGGUACAACCCUGACGGCCACCACCAGACGUCCUUCUUCAUGGACGGGGCAGAGUUCUGGCUGGUGUCAGAGCCCGUGCUGCCCUACGAGGAGGCCAGCCUGUUCUGCUCGUCCAGCGGGAGCCGUUUGGCAUCGCCCCGCUCCUUCGACUCAGCCAGACUCAUCAACACACACCUGCCCACGGUGCCACAGACUAGUUGGUGGGUUGAUCUGAGGGAUCCAGGAAGUUAUUUCCCUAUGACUUUCAACCAGAUGAGACACUUCCACCAGAACUUCCUGGGCCGGUGUACUUCCUUCAGACUGGGCAGUAUCUUCCCAGACUACGAGCGUAGUUGUGGGACCCACCUGCCCUUUGUGUGUGAGAGACACAACAGCACGCUGGUGGAGAGGAACCCUCUUCAGCCCCACCCCUGGGGGAUGCCCUGCAGGAACGAUUCAAUCGCCUUCAGAGACAAGUGCUACAAGGUGGUCAAGCCCAGAGUCGUCACGUUCAAACAAGCUAACGAGUUGUGCCAGUCCCUGACAGGAACGCUGGUGUCCAUCUCUGACCAGGUGGAGCAGGACUUUGUCACCACGCUGCUCCCUGCUGAGCCCCAGGCCUCCUGGAUCGGGCUGAAGUUGAGGCACUCAGAGCCUGAGUGGGUGGACAACACAGCGGUGUCCUUCCUCAACUUUAACCCCCUGCUUCACGGCCUCCUCCGGCCCAUGGUCGUCAAUACCCUGGACCCAGACAGCCUGGACCUGUGCGUGUUCGUCCCCAGCGACCCCGACUCCUCCAUCCUGGGCACCUGGGACUACACCUCCUGCUCUGACGAGAAGACUCUGUCCUUCUGCCAGUACUACGCAGACAAGCCUGAGGCUCCCAGCAUCUCGACAGAGCCCUUCCAGGUGAGGCAGCACACCUUCCAGCUGCUGCACCAGAACCUCACCUGGCUGGAGGCGCUGGAGGCGUGUCGCCAUGUGGGCAUGGACCUGGCCAGCGUGGCUGACGCCCUCCAGCAGGCUGUCCUCAGUGUGCACGUGAGCCGAGCACGCAGCCCCAUGUGGCUCGGCCUCUCCAGCGAAGACGAGGGGGUGCACUACCAUUGGACGGACCACAGCCACACCUUGUUCAGCCGCUGGUCGUCGGAGCCCACCAGUGGUGACUGCGUCUCCCUGGACGUGCAGGGCUUCUGGAGGGCCACGCCCUGCGAGGAGGUGCUGGCUGGAGCCGUCUGCCACAUCCCCAACAAUGAGACCAUUGUAGCGCCGGAGGACAGAGCUGUGAAAUGUCCUCACAAGAUCGGCGGGCCCAACUGGAUCCCCUUUAAGAAGAACUGUUACACUUUCCAGCUGAGCUCGUCCAGAUGGGACGAGUUUGACAAAGGACAGAUUCAAAACACCUGCAAGAACUUAGAUGCGGGCGCUGACAUUCUGACUAUCAGGACUGCCGAGGAGAACGAGUUCAUUCAGCAGCAGCUGCUGCCCUUCAGUAACCUGGUUCAGUUUGUCUGGCUGGGGCUGUUUGCAGACCAUGCCGACCAGCAGAUGAAGUGGUAUGAUGGCACUAACGUGCAGUUCUCUAAGUGGCGUGAAGGCCGCCCGGAGGUGCAGACAGACUUCCUGGCCGCCCUCAACACAGACGGCGAGUGGGAGGUGUUCACCAACACUCGCCUCUUCAACCCCCUCAAACAGCGGAGCAUCGUGGCCUGCAAACUGGACAACGCCUCCAAAGCGGAGUACACCCAGUCGCCUCGUGCGUACGAGCGCUACGGUAACCUGAGCUACUCGGUGGUGCGCAGCAAGCUGAGCUGGUUCGAGGCUCUGGGGGCGUGCGCUGCCCGGGGGGGGCACCUGGCGAGCGUGCACGACGCCCAGAACGACGCGCACGUGCAGCUCAUUGCCAGGAGAGACGGUUUCUCGCUCUGGAUCGGCCUGUCCAGUCAGGACGCGCAGGGCUCUGUGUACGAGUGGUCUGACGGGACAAAGAACGACUACCAGCGUCUGAGCCCGGGUCUCCAGGGCUGCGUGCUGGUGACGCCCUCCGGGGCCUGGGACAGAAAGAACUGCCACGUCAUCGUGGACGGAGCCAUCUGCUACAACACCACCAUCUCCACCCCCUUUCAGAGAGCCACCCAGCAGUUGCCCCCGACUAUCACCAACUGUCCAGAGAGCCAGGGUCAGGCGAGGUGGGUGGAGUUCCAGGACCACUGCUACGCCUUCGACAUGACCUUCUACAACUACUCUGUCUACAGCAUGGAGCAGGCCAAGGACAUCUGUCUGGGUCUGGGUGCCCAGGUGCUGACCAUCAAGACCAAGGAGGAGAAUGACUUUGUGAGGGACUACAUGGAGAAGAACCCCCUCAUCACCAGCCGUGCCUGGCUGGGUCUGGACCUGGACACGGAGGGACAGCCAGUGUCCUGGAUGGACGGAUCCACUGUGAGCUUCUCCAACUUCGGACCGGUUGGGCAGUGGUCUGGGCCAGGUGUCUGGGGGUCUGGGCGGGGCGUGGGGCCCCCCUGUGUGGUCAUGGUGUCUGCGGACGCAGGAUCCUGGACCACGGUCAGCUGCAAGGACAGCCUCAGCCGCCUCGUCUGCAAGACCAGCACACGGUCGAGAGGGUUGCCCGUGGCUCUGGGCUUCUUCAUCAUCCUCCUGCUCAGUCUCUUGGCUGCUAUCGCCUUCAUCUUGUACAAGAAGAACCGCACUCGCUUCUCCUCCACCGUCCGGUACAAGAGGAACUUCGAUGAAGCCGACACGACCAGCAUCAUCAACGAAGACGAGUGAUGCAGUCCCACACUAACCCCAAACAUGACAGUGCAGCUUUGGAGACCGAAAGUUAUUUAUUUUCUUGACCCCCAGACACACAAAGGUAGACAGACCAAGAGGUGUCUUCAGUUGUAUAUAUUGACAGGAUUGUGUGACCUGAAAGUGCAGUUGUUUUAAAUAUGAAUUUUAAUGAGGAAGCUGGUCUGUCCAGUGUUUGUGGAACAAGCCGUCAUAAGAUUGAAAUGGCUUCUUGGCUGUUAAUAUUUUCCCUAAGAUCUGGAUCGUUUGAUUUAACUUGUUAAUUGCUUUUGUACAUUUAGAAAGGUUGGCUACACUUUUUCAAACUCGUUUUAAUGAACAAUUCUUGCAGAAAAGUAUCUGCAUUGCACUUUUAAAUAGUGAUUGUUUCCCUCCUCUGCUGGUCUGUGAAUAAUUCUUACACAAUUUGAUUUGAGUGAAAGUCUUAGUAGCAACCAUGCUUUCAGUUGACAUACCACUGUCAGUCAUGUAAAUAUUGAACACUGCAAAUGUUCACUGAUGUGGUUUGGAGUAUUACUGUAGAGAGCCAUGUGGUCAUUCGGGCCGUUUAUUUUGAUAAACGAGUGCCAAGUUAACCCUUCCUCAGCAAAUGCUGCGGACAUCCAAUCUUCCGAUAUAACGGCUGAACCGCGGAACGAAGCCUAGUUCUAAAACGAUCCGGUUGAUUUAUAACAUCUUGUUGGGUUUGAGCUAAGACUGCCUCUUUCCUGUCCUUUGCACUAAAGCUACUGAUAAUGAUGCACUUUAAAAAAAAAAAAAAAAAGGUUGUGUUCCUACAAGUGUUGCCUUACAAGCCGUUCCUGCCGUCUUCAUGCACUAUAGUUCUGGUCAAGAGCCAACUAGGACUUCAGCUUCCUGAGCCAAGCACACUACGAGGCUUGAAACUGCUGUAAAAGGCUUUGUAGAUAUAAAUUUGUUUUCUAAACUUAAACCAAAGAUGCUUUGGACAUACCCGUUGCUUCUUAACCAAAUCAUAUCAAAAAGGUGAACCCGCAAAAUGUUUCAAUAAAUCCAAAAGUGCAACCUUGCUGGCAUUUUCUUCAAUAAACUGGUUUGUCUUUCACUGAAAA